UUCCGCCCCACCCCGAACAUCACUGACUGUACCUUAAACAGGAAGCAACGAGACAUACAUUUGUACUGAAGGCAGACUGUGAAAACAACGACCUCAAAUCGUAGAAAUCCGUACAAAUCACGUUAUUGACCACGGUGCUAUUGUAACGGAGAGACGGUUGAAAAUCACUGCCUUCGUUGUGGAUGCAUUUGAGUGAAACUGUACGGAGAAGGUCUCGGUCAGCAGCAUGGGACAACAUCUAGGAAAGCGCGAGACACAUCCGGAGAGCAAGGCUUUAUCACCAGAACCAGAACUAGAACCAGAACCAGAACCAGCCAUGACGCAGCAGAUCCACGCCGAACCCGAUUCCCAGGACGAAGUUUUUGGCCUGGCCGAGGCAGAUGUCGACCAGAACAAUGGCUGCGUCUCGGAGACGGCGGUGGCGGCCGACUCCACGGGCGCAGAGGGGCCCGGCCAGGCCUGGACCGACGCCAACACAGCUGACGCUGACGGCGCCGCGCCCCGCCCCCACCUGGUCCGCCUCUUCUCCCGAGAUGCCCCGGGACGAGAGGACAACACCUUCAAAGAGCGGCCCUCUGAAUCGGACGAGCUGCAGACCAUUCAAGAGCACAGUGGAGCAGGUUCGGAGUGCGGAUCGGAGAGCCCUGAGCAGGACCUAGACUAGAGUUGCGUCUUCUCUCUUUCUCUCUUCUUCCCCCCUAACUCUCUCUCGCUCACCCUCGGGAAACAGAGCCCUGUAUUUGACCAGUAUACUACCGCUACCCAAACCAAACGACCACCUAUCGCACCAUGGCUUCUGCUAGUAGCUCAGCUCAGUCAGCCUUUGGACUGGGGCGCAGGAAGCAGGCUCCAGGGCUCCUGGAUCAGAUUGGGAAGUUCUUUGGAGGGGACAAGAAGAAGAAGAGCAAGGUGAGGACAGAAAAAGGGUUAUUUGGGACUAAUACACACAGCUCACUCUGCAGUUUUACAAAAUACACUCCUAGUCUGGCCUCAGGGACGGAUCUGAAAUGACGAUUUUGAUGUUGACCCGAUGCAAGAAUUUGAAAGAAAGGAAAUUAUUUUGGUUUGUAUUUUUAUGUUCAUAUGAUUUCUCGAAACUGUAUAGAAAUGAUAUGUUUGUUACUAUAAUAGACACUGGAUAUCUGCUUUGGGUGUGGUUGGAGAUAAGGCUGUGAAUUGGAGUAGUUCAUUUUCAUUUUUGAUGUGGUACUUGUCAAAGAAACAGUUUUGUUUCAUUUAAGCUCUAGUAUCUGUGGUACAUUAUGGUCUUAAUCUUAGUGCCAGUGAAUGGUAGCAUUGUUGGCUGGUUUCUCUUAGUUGCCAUUGUUUGCUCUCUUUUAGCAAGUAAUUAUAUAGUUAUCAUAUAUAUGUUUAUUCAUAGUGUAAAACUAAGUUGUUGCACGUUGUGUGUCAGGUACUGAAAAAGAAUGACUUGUUAUCAGUAACAUUGUUUAUAUCCUUAUUUAGUUUAUUGAUCAUGUCAUCGUUUGGGAAACUGUUCCGAAAGGCAAUUUGCUACUUUUCCGACAGACUGACAGUUAAAAUAGUUGACAGAUUAAGAAAUUGACCAGUAACAGGGUACAAGAUUCACUUCUAUUUAGUUGUGAGCUUUUUUAAAACAUUGUGAACAGAGUUGUGAAAUGUUUUGAGAGCAUAUCACCCUCUCUUUCCUCUCUUGACUAAAACACUGGUCUAUAACAUACAUUGUACAGAAAAGAAUAGAAGAUAUGGAUAACUAUAAAAAUGGUUAAACAAACUGAGUUGGUGAGUCAUAUUGUGUCUGCCUGGUAAGUGGAGGACUAGCAGAGAGACACGGUACAGAAUUAGGUCCGCAAAGAGGGGAGCCAAAGUUCCAGGCAGACAACUGGAGAAGCCGUUCUGCUGUUUAACUCUGUUCCUGUAGUGCACCCAGUGAGCAAGGGUAGUUGACCUCAACUGGGUGAGAGUUAGCGUUGAUUGUUUUUAGAACAUGGUCUUUCUUGAAGAUGAUCUCUUUCAGAAAGCUUCCAAAAUGUGCAUUGUCCCAAGCCUUAACAGAAUAGAACAGGUUUUACCUGUUGGAUAGAUAGUAAAAUUGCCAAUUUUUACACAUUUUCUUUUCUUGCUUUAUUAGUACUUGCCUGUGCCCUUCCCUCACUACUCCAUAUCAGAUUAGUUUUUUUUCUAAAUGGAAAUACACUUCUGAAAUAUACAUCUGCUGGGGGGACAUCAUCAGGGUGUCCUGGAUUGACAAAACAAAACUGUUAGUGUUGACUUUACCAUAAUGUUAUAUGUUGUAUUUCUGUCUCUUUAAUAUCACGUCUGAGAAAGAGUUUUCAUAGUUGACCAGUUUACUGGUUUGUUUUAAGCUACGGUAUAAAAAGGUAUUUAAACCAAAGGUUUGCCUUCAGACUAAUAGUUUUUAAUAUCUCAAGUAUGGAUAGGUCUGACCCACCUCUGUUGCCUAAAGCAGAUGCAAUCUGCUACUAAAAAGUUGAAAAUAACUUAUCUUAGCUUAGCUUUUGAAGCAGACGUUAAACAGCUCAAAUAGUUGGUUUACAGGUAUUCAUUUCCAGUAUUACUGGCACUGAUCAAAGGCAGUCUUUGAGAAGUACUUUGUGGAAUAUUGUAUCAAACGGUAUUGUUUAUAAUAUUAUACUUAGCCCCUUUAAGUGGUUGUCAUAUUUUAAAACGGUUUAACAUAUGGGAUAAGUCAGAAUGGAAAUAAUCAUGACCAAUAGUCAUUUGAGUUCUCCCAAUGGCCAUUAUCGAAUUACUAAUACUUAACAAUUUAGGGUUAAAUCAACAUGUUUCUCAAUUUAAUGUCAAUGCUUUGACACUUGGCUAUGAAUGGGAUGUUUCAUGUUUAUGAAAACAAUACCUUUUUUGCCAAAACUCAGGAAAUUAAUCCAAUAUUAAGUGCUACCUGAACUGGACAAUGAGUGGGAUUUCAAAUUAUUCCAAAUGACUCCAAAUGACAAAGUUUAGUAAUGCUGUAAAUUGACAGAGUUUACAUGAGCACUCCUAGCUACUACCCCACUACAAAUGGAAAACACACAAGCCAAUAUAUAUAUAUAUCCGUGUCAUAAUGUACAUCUUUGUAUAGCUGUCAAAGCUAGCGUCAAAAUAAUGCAACCUUUAGCAUGUCUGUUUACCAUUCAGAUAUUAACUCCAGUUUCUUAAUGAAUACUGCACUCCACCCCAGUGUCUUGGUCCAAAGCCUGUCAGAGAUGUUCUUCUCUUGCUGGAUUUAGCACACCUCAGGUUCACCUGUGUGUCUUUUACCCUGACAAGUGGAAAGGUUCCGGAAGUGAAAAUUGCUGUUGAGGCAAUUGCACUGUCACCGAGUUUAAACUCAGGUUGAAGUACCUUUCUCCAGUUUUGAUCCAGGUUAAACUGUUGUUCACCAUAAAGCCCAGGUUAACCCAUCUUUUAGAGGAAAGCUGCAUCCUAACGGCUCUGUUAAGAGUUUAAACUGGAAUUCCAAAACAGUUGCUGUUGAACUUGACCUCAAGGGUAGUGUAACUGUAUUUUCCACCCCUGUUUUGGUUAUUUAUGACUAUUCUCAUGACUAAGUUUAACAUAUAUUUUGAAUUCAUUGAUUUGUAUUAAUUUAAUAAUAUUUUUGCAUUGGUAGACACAAAUACAAUUAUGGGUAAAGAUGAGGGGUAUCACUUUAAGAGUCUGAAAUAUAAAAGAACAAUGGUAACAUUUCACUUGAUUGAAUUGUAUUGGGUGGAUAUAACCUGGACAGCAUGGUAAAUUUGCCAACCCCCAUGCAUGUAUGAACAGACCAAUUACAUUAAAGCCCCUUUCUACAGGCUAAACCGAUGCAACCUGUGGCUCAUUCAGUGACAGUGCAAUUGCUGUUAUGACUCAAGGUAGCAGCAUUUUGUUCAAAGAGCGUGUAGGUGUCAUCUUGACCCAGGUCGGAUCCUAAUUUGCUGAUCCCUUUUGUAAUGCUUUGAGAAAAUCCAACCAUUGCUUGUUGUUUGUACUUCCUGUGAAUUGUAAAUGACCAACAACCUGUUCCUAACCUGAUCCUGGUCUCUGGGCUUUUGGAUUACGGCUUGAUUAAACUCUUUAACAAUCA